AUGGCUGAUAACAACAAAUCUGUUUUUGAGAUGUCCAAUAAACUUACAACCAUUAUGUUAAAUGGGCGUAGUUAUCUGCCUUGGUCUAGAGUUGUCUCUAUAGCUCUUGGGGGUAGAUCGAAAUUGGGUUACGUGAAUGGUCUUAUCAGAGCACCUGCAUCUACAGAUGCAAAAUCCGCUGAAUGGCAAGCAAAUGAUAAUAGGGUUUUGUCUUGGUUGUGUAAUUCAAUGGAAUACCAAAUCUAUGAGAUAUUUGCUUAUUCAGAGAUAGCCAAGUCCCUAUGGGAUUCUUUACAGGAUAUGUAUGGCAAUAUUGAUAAUGCAUCCCGUGUCUUUGAGUUACAACAGGAUCUUGCUCAUACUGAGCAAUCACCUAAUCAAACAUUUAUCGAACAUCUUGGUAAUUUGAAAAAGAAGUGGGAUGAAUUGCGACAGCCUGAAUAUGAAGACCUUAAGAGGCAAAUUCUCAUGAGUUCUACUCUUCCCAAUUUUGCCACUGUUUGUGCUAUUGUUCAAAGGGAGGAAACUCGUUGUCGUGUGAUGACUUCUAAUUCCAAGAAAGGGGCAGAUUUGAUUGAGAGUUCUGCCCAUGCUGCUAAAACCAAUGGUGGUCACUAUGGUUCUGAUGGGGGUCGAUUUGGUUCUGGUAAAGGCAAAGGUCGUAAUAAGAAGUUUCAUUGUGAUUACUGUGAUAGGGAUGGUCAUUCUAAGGAUCAUUGUUGGGAACUGUACCCUCACCUUAGGCCUUAUAAGGAUAAAAGGGCUCAAACUCAAGGCUCAACAUCUGACUUUCAAGCCUCUUUGAGUAAACUUGCUCUUCAACUUUACCAUCUUAUCCAAUUCGGUGGCAUAAAAUCUUCCAUUUCGGAUUCUAGCAAUCUGGCUCAAUCUAGUAAUUCCCAAGCUCUUAUGGCUUUGUCUUCCAAAAGUUCUUUUAUUGUUGAUUCAGGCGCUACUAAUCAUAUGUGCAACACCUAUUAUGGAAUAUCCGAUUUUCGUGUUCAUUCUGAGGGUUCUCAUGGUCCCAUUACUGUGGCUAAUGGAACUCAGGAUCCGGUUGAAGGACAAGGCACCAUUAAUUUAUUUUCUGCUGCUUGUGACGUGUUAUUUGUGCCAUCUUUAUCUUCAAAUCUGUUAUCUGUUAGUAAACUCACUAAUGAAUUGGACUGCAAUGUUGUUUUUUCCCAACAAAAGGCAGUGGUUCAGGACAAACUCACAGGGAGGACGAUUGGUGAAGGCCGAUUACAGCAAGGUCUCUAUGUGGUUGAUUUUCCGAGUGAGGCUUUGGUCACAAGGACGGAUAAGGAGGCUACUUCACAACUCUCGCAUUUACGCAUGGGACACCCCUAA